AUGGACUUUAUCGAUGACGAAGCCGAGUCAACUUCUGAGAGUGAAAUCCUUGUUCCUAGUUCUCAGACAGACGACAUUCCUCGGUCGCGAAAGCGCCGCCGCACUGACAGCUCGGUCGGUGAGAGCGACUAUGACUUACCCUCUAGCUAUGUUGAAGUCGACGAGCUCAAUGAGAAUCUGGGAGUGCGGAAAUCAAAGUAUGAAGAUCACAUCCAUGUUCCUCUCGCAGAAGAUCAGGCCGGCAACACUUUUGUGACCCAGUUAACACAACAACAAUUCUCAUCUCCUUCCAGGAUCAGAGGGCCUCGAUGGAUGAAACCAAAGCAGAAUGCAAACCCGUCCCCAGGCCCUUCACCAGACAAAAUUCCAGCGCCACAAACCACCAUUAUCGACGAGUUUGAUGACGAUGACGAUGAUGAUCUUGCCUUGUUGGAAGCGUUCGAGAAUGCUACCGCAACAUCGGCAAUACACAAGAGUCGAAUGGAUGGAGCCGCUCAAACCUCCUCCAACACUCGAGCACCUCUCCAGAAAUCCAAUUCAUUCCGCCAGACUACACUUCAUGGCUUGCACACCACCCAGCAGCCGGCAGCGUUGAAUCAAACGCAGUCAAGGGCCCCCAACUGGCCUAUGUCCAACCGCAAUGAGCCCCCUACACAUCACCAAAUCAACCGCGAAGCCAUGAAAACCUGGGUCUACCCUACAAAUCUAGGCCGCAUCAGAGACUACCAAUAUAACAUCGUUCAUAAGAGCCUAUUCAACAAUCUCCUCGUCGCCCUUCCUACCGGCCUCGGCAAAACAUUCAUUGCUGCCACCGUCAUGUUAAACUGGUUCCGUUGGACUAAGGAGGCUCAGAUCGUCUUUGUCGCGCCUACUAAGCCCCUAGUCGCACAACAAAUCGAUGCCUGUUUCAACAUUGCUGGCAUUCCCCGAUCCACAACGACAAUGCUCACCGGCGAGGUCUCACCUGCCCUUCGUGCAGAGGAGUGGCAGGAAAAGCGUGUCUUUUUCAUGACCCCACAAACACUAAUCAACGAUUUGAAGAAUGGCAUGUGCGACCCCAAGAAAAUUGUGCUUGUGGUGGUGGACGAAGCCCACAAAGCUACCGGUAAUUUUGCCUACGUCGAAGUCGUCAAGUUUUUGCGACGAUACAAUUCAAGCUUCCGCGUACUCGCGUUAACCGCAACGCCCGGUUCGACAGUGGAAGCAGUUCAAGCAGUCAUAGACGGUCUUGGUAUCGGUAGAGUCGAGAUCAGGACAGAAGACUCGUUGGAUAUUCGCCCAUUCGUUCACUCAAAAAAUGUCCAGCUGGAGGUUUUUGACUAUUCGGAUGAAAUCACCAUGGCCUUGGAGAUGUUCUCUGCUGCGACUCGUCCACUGAUGACCAAGCUUUGCUCACAAAACGCAUAUUGGUCCAGUGACCCAGAGAAGAUUACUCUCUUUGGUCUCAAAAAGGCUUGGGAAGACUGGUCAAGGUCAGAGGCUGGCAGAAAUGCUGGCUUCCCGGUCAAAGGUAUGCUGCGAGGCAUUUUCACGCCCUUGAUGAGUCUGGCUCACAAUCUGGAACUUCUCAAAUAUCAUGGAAUCGGUCCUUUCUUCAACAAGAUGCGGACAUUUACCGAAGGGGCGUCUUCCGGGGGAAAAUACCACAAACAACUUGCCGAGGACGAAAACUUCGUAAAGCUGAUGAAUCGACUUCGAAGCUGGAUGGCCAACCCUGACUUCGUUGGUCAUCCAAAACUGUCACACCUCAAAACUGUUGUGCUCAAUCAUUUCAUGGACGCCGCAAAUGGGCAGAGCGAGACACAAAAGUCAACCCGAAUUAUGAUCUUCACCCAUUACAGAGACAGUGCUGAGGAGAUUGUCCGAGUUCUCAAAAGACACCAACCAAUGAUCAAGCCUCAUGUUUUCGUGGGACAGUCCGGAACUAAAGGGUCGGAAGGCAUGGACCAGAAAACUCAACUCGACAUUGUCAAUAAAUUCAAAGCUGGCACGAUUAAUACGAUCGUGGCCACCUCUAUUGGCGAAGAAGGUCUUGAUAUCGGUGAGGUUGACAUGAUCGUGUGCUACGACUGCCACAAAUCACCCAUUCGAAUGCUACAGCGCAUGGGACGAACAGGCCGCAAAAGGGCCGGAAUCAUUGUUCUCUUGCUGAUGCGAGGCAAGGAAGAGAAUGACUAUUACAAAGCAAAAGACAAUUAUGAGAAGAUUCAGGGCAAGAUUGAGGAUGGAAGGGACUUUCAAUUCCAUGAAGAUCUUUCUCCUCGAAUUGUACCCAAAGAUAUUGUUCCUGUGGUGGACAAGUGCGUGGUCGAGAUUCCAGCUGAAAACACCCAAGGGGGCUCAAUCGAACCCAGGAAGAGAAAACCCAAGAACGCCAAAAAGCCAGCGAAGAAAUUUCACAUGCCAGAUGGCGUUGAAACCGGUUUUGCGUUCUUGGGAAACGGCAAAUCCGCAGAUCGCAAAUCGAAACAAGAGCCGAAAAUGGUGAAAACAACGAGAGACAUUGAGAUUGCCAAUGUUCCACCUAUGAAGGAGGUCUUGUUAACCGAGGCCGAGGAAAUGCAGCUCGAAUUACAAUAUGUUCGAGUGGCGGGCACUGCUGAUCAAUAUACCCAGCGAAUAAGGAUGGGAGAGUUUCCUCAUCAGCAACGGAGGCUGGGGAAGACGGAUGCAAUCAGGCACUCUCGGACGACCAGAAGGUUGGUACAGGCAUUCAAGAAAAUGACAAGCACAUCUCAUGAUUGGGAACGACCAUCGAGAUGCGAUGUCUUUGAUCUACCCCAAGAAGCAGACUCGGAGACACAAGACGACUCUUCUGAGAGUCAGAAAGUGAAAGUCAAAGCGACGGGAAGUAAGGCGAGGGCGAGGGCGAGUGCGACUAAACGUCAUAGCAAUGCAUCACGCACAGCCCCCUCAUCUACCAAGAAAAGAUCACUUCCCCAUAUCAUUGACGACGAUGAGGAUGAGGAUGAUCUAGACGGUUUCAUCGUCGAUGAUGACUACGAUUCGACCGAGCACCAGACAAUCACAUCUCACAAAAAAGACAAAAGCACCAAAUCUCGGCCUAACCGGCACAUGGAAGAUCCUCCUUUAAUUGCCUCCCAGGAAAGCAUUGGAUUUCACGAUGGAGAUGAUAUGCCUGACCUAGCAGCGAUCAUCACCAGACGUCACACAGAUACCAUCCAAAAAAGCAAAGACAAUUCAUCUGCAAAAGGCACUUGUUGUCACGCACCGGCACCAGGAAGAUCGAGGCGAAUCGUGGAUAGUGAUGAUGUGGACGAAGAAGACUCAAUGCUAUAG